GCAGCGGCCCCAGUCCGCGGAUCCGGCCCGGCCCGCCCCCGCCUCGCCGGCCUCGCUGCGCGCCGGUGCGAGGCGCCCAGUCUCCGUCGCAGCGGCCGCCGGCGUCCCGGGCCUGAGCGCGCCCACGCCGGGAGGCCGGGGUGCCGGGGAGCCGACGCGUGGCCAUGGAGCGGGAGCCCCGCGCCAGGGUUGCACUGGUGCCGGAGCGGUGCGGCCGCGGGCCUUCCUCCCGCCACCGCCGACCGGGGCUGCUGCUCCCCGGCCUCUGGCUGCUGCUGCUCGCCGGGCCGGCCUCGUGCACCUCAGAUGAACUCUCCCUGGAUCAGCACAGCCAUCCUUUACGUUCCGAGGACUUCCCACCAGUGACGAGCAUCAUGCACAGGGCUGCACAAGUGACCUUAUCAGAGACUGUCCCCAGGUCCCAACCAAGCAUCUCUGUCCUUGUCCCCUCCUCUCCGUCUGCUACUGCUUUUGACACAGCCUUUUUAAGCCAGAGACAACAGACUCAAAGUACAGCGGAGCACAGCAUCUUUGAGGCAAAUUACGGAUCCGUGACGAGUAAUGAGGUGGCCCUUGAUGAUGAGGAGAUGGAUAACUUCUUGCCAGAUGCUCACUGGACCUCUUCAAGGGGGGUCUCUCCAAUGCGGUAUAUCACACCGAGCCCACCAGAGCCACCCCAGGAAAUGCCGGAGCCUGGCACGACCCCAUCACUACCCACCAUUUCUUUGCAGGAUGAAGUGCUGUCUGGAUGUCAGAACACAGCGCAACAGGCAACUGUAUAUGUGGAGCCGUCCACGUAUUUCGGCACUUCUUGGUCAGCUUUUCUUACAUCUGAGGGCAUCAUUCCAACUCCUAGUAGGAAUUUGGUGCUUCAUCCUACAGAAAUUCACAGCCAGUUAUCAAGCAAGGCUUUGCCAGAGACGGUAGCUUCCGUAACAGGGACUGCAGAAAACCUUCUUUUCAGCUCCUGGAUUUCAGUGUCUCAGCCGCCAGGCAGUGGCAUGACUCAACAGCCAUCUGUUCCCCUGUGGGAGGUCUCACAGCCUCUGGUGGGUGUCCUGGCCACAAGCAUGGACAGAUAUCCUAAUGAGACCACUGCUUGGAGCAAACAUCCAGAGGAAGCCAUGGCUCUAAGAGCACACCCUGGCAUAACCACAUCACCCACAGACCCUGCUUUUAGCAGUUCGCCUUCUGCUUUAUUUUCAACCCCACUUUCAUCUGUGUCUUUCGCUACCCAGUUACCUGGCGUUUCAGAUAACCCCUUCCUCUCUAGUGAGGUCAGGGAAGCCUUAGGAUCGCAGUACAGCUCCACGGUCCCCAGUUUUACUGACGAUCCUCAUGUCCUGAGCCCCGAGGCUUCCCUGAGACCACACACAAGGUGUGUGUCUUGUGUUGUCUCAUCAUCUCAGCAAGAACUGGCCGGGAGCCUCACAGAGAAGGAAAUGGGAUCAGGGGACAGGCUUGAGAGUUUGUCCACUCCCUCAGUAGAGGCAACUCAUCUUUCUCCAUUGAGCAGCGUGGGCACAGACCUCUCUGAACUUGAAGAUCCUCAAGAAUUUAAUACGCUUUUCCCUUCCAGACAUGUGGUUUCCUUUUCUUCCAGACCUGUGGGGUUGUGGAAAGCCAGCAUGGAUGUGUCACCCGAGGUGGAUGUGAGUGGCAUUGCCACCACCCAGGUGUACCCUUCCCAUGGCCACCUCUCCACACCAAGCUCACUCGAUUCAACCUUUGGCUUCUCUGUUACCAAUGAUCUAGUGAUGUCAUCCAGUGCGAUCCAUCUGUUGUCCUCUGUCAUCCCCAGUACCCAUUUUGAUUCACCUUUCUCCUUGACUGCAAAUCAAAACACUCCAUCCCUUCCAGCUGGAGACCCAAGUUCUCUCACCUCUCCUAGUCUGGUCCCCUCAGCACAGUCUAAAGUUUUCUCUGACCGAGCACCUACCAGCUCUCUGGACCUCGAAUCUGGAAGUCUUUUGGAUUUCACAUCCAGCUUUUACUCAACUCUGCCCCUGGACUUCAGCACUCCAGCCCCUUCACGGUCAGACGUGCUUGUAUUCCCAUCUUUGAUGUCAACUGAUCCAUCAACCUUCUUUUCUCAGACUUUUUCCACUGUGGCUGAGACAUUUUCACUGUCCAGCUCUAUGAAUCUGCAAUCACCUCAGCUUUCUGUUCUUAAUCACACAAGUCUAGAGUUGUCUCAGCCGUGGUCGAGUACAGACCUUCUUUUGAACACAGUCACUGUUCUUUCUAGUCACCCUGAGAUGCCCCCAUUUUCAAGAUCCCCCUCUGAAUCUCUCAAGUUUGCCGAAGCAUCCAGAGUUUCACUGAGAGAAUCCGAUGCUCAUCUUACCUCAGCUUUCUCUGAAACUACCUCUGUCUUUGAAAUUUCACCCAUUCCCCAUGAAUCCACAGUCAGUACACUGGUGCCCUCCAGCUCCGAGCCUACCCUUGGCAUCUCCACAGCUGGGACUCACCUUACAUCACUGCCAACUGUUUUCCAUUUGACACCCAUUUUAACCGAGUCAUCUCCAUUCUUGACUCUGACACUGUCCGAUGGCAGUGUGCUUGUGACAGACCAUCACACACCAGUCUUAACCACAGCCUCCAGUGUCAUUCCAGCCAGCACAGAAUCGAUCUCUGACCCGUACCUGCCAGCCUCCUCAUCAUUUGUUUCUGAAGUAAGCCCUUCACCUCCGCCCACAAAGCCAGUCAUGGGCUCAUCAUUGACACCCACAGAUUUACCACCCAGUACUUCCCCAGAACUAAGUACAUCCCCGGAACCAAGCAUACCCAGCACCAGCACUGCCCCUGGUGAUACUGUGGACUCUGCUCUGAACAGCGAGCCUAUGAGUCAGAACCCUCAGGGGAACAGUGUACCCCCUCCCCAGCCCUCCCACGGUCCUGUUACCACCUCCACGCUUGAAGCCACAGUUGGUACACCAGCACUGGCCACAGCCAAGCCGCCAUAUGUGUGUGAUAUUACGGUUCCCGAUGUCUAUUUGAUCACGACUGUGCUGGCCAGACGAGCUGUGCAGGAGUACAUCAUUACAUCAAUUAAAGAAGUGCUGAGAAUUCACUUCAACCGUGCGGUGGAGCUAAAGGUUUAUGAACUGUUCACAGACUUCACAUUUUUGGUUACAUCUGGUCCUUUUGUUUACACGGCGAUAUCAGUCAUAAACGUCCUCAUCAAUAGCAAACUUGUACGUGACCAAACUCCUUUAAUCCUGUCUGUGAAACCAUCUUUCCUUGUGCCAGAUCCCAGGUUUCAAGUUCAAACAGUACUUCAGUUUGUGCCUCCGAGUGUGGAUACUGGCUUCUGCAACUUCACACAGAGCAUUGAGAAAGGCCUGAUGACCGCUCUCUUUGAAGUGAGGAAACACCAGGGGACGUAUAACCUCACAGUGCAGAUUGUGAAUGUCACCAUUGCUUCUUCGAGGAUGGCUCCCCGGAGGGGCCCAGUGAAUAUUAUCUUUGCUGUUAAAGGCUCGCAAGGUUUUCUGAAUGGGUCAGAGGUGAGCGAUCUGCUGAGGAACCUGACGGUGGUGGAGUUCAGCUUCUACCUGGGGUACCCGGUGCUGCAGAUCGCAGAGCCCUUCCAAUACCCGCAGCUCAACUUAUCUCAGUUACUGAAGUCCUCUUGGGUCAGAACAGUCCUUCUGGGUGUGGUGGAAAAGCAGUUCCAGAAUGAAGUGUUUCCAGCCGAGAUGGAGCGCAAACUGGCCCAGCUGCUCAGUGAGGUGCCCACCAGAAGACGCAUGUGGCGGAGAGCCACUGUAGCUGCUGGGAACAGCGUGGUCCAGGUGGUGAACGUGUCCAGGCUGGAGGGAGAUGAUAAUCCGGUGCAGCUCAUCUACUUUGUGGAAAAUCAAGAUGGAGAGAGACUCAGUGCAGUCAAGUCUUCAGAUCUUAUCAACAAGGUAGAUCUCCAGAGGGCAGCCAUCAUCCUGGGGUACCGGAUUCAAGGCGCCAUUGCACAGCCUGUGGACAGGGUGAAGAGGCCAUCCCCGGAGUCACAGAGCAGCAACCUGUGGGUCGUGGUUGGCGUGGUCAUUCCUGUGCUGGUGGUCACUGUAAUUGUUGUCAUCCUCUACUGGAAGCUGUGCCGCACAGACAAGCUAGACUUCCAGCCUGACACGGUGGCCAACAUACAGCAGCGGCAGAAGCUGCAGAUCCCCAGCGUGAAAGGCUUCGAUUUUGCUAAGCAGCAUCUGGGUCAGCACAAUAAAGAUGACAUACUGAUUAUUCAUGAGCCAGCGCCGCUGCCAGGACCUGUGAAGGACCACACCACACCCUCUGAAAAUGGAGAUGUGCCCAGCCCAAAGUCAAAGGUCCCUUCCAAGAACAUCCGACACAGAGGGAGAGUUUCCCCCUCAGAUGCCGAUUCCACAGUCAGCGAGGAGUCCAGUGAGAGGGAUGCUGGAGAGAAGAUGCCGGCUACCGCCCCUGAGAACAAGGCCCACAGAGCUCCGCAGAGUGGCGCCGCCCUGCCCAGUGCAGGCAACGAGCAGCAUUCCUCAGCCUCCAUCUUCGAGCACGUGGACAGGAUUUCUCGAAACUCAGAGGCCAGCCGGCGGGUCCCCAGUAAGAUCCAGCUUAUUGCCAUGCAGCCUAUCCCAGCUCCACCAGUGCAGCACCCUGUCCUGGCUGACCGAGUGGCAGAAACCAACAAAAUCAACAAGGAGAUCCAGUCGGCACUUCGCCACAAGUCGGAGAUCGAGCAUCACCGCAACAAGAUUCGCUUGCGUGCCAAACGCCGAGGCCACUACGAGUUCCCGGUGGUGGAUGACCUGUCUUCCGGUGACACCAAGGAGCGACACCGAGUGUAUCGCAGGGCACAGAUGCAGAUUGACAAGAUCCUGGACCCUGCAGCCAGUGUGCCCUCUGUGUUCAUAGAGCCCAGGAAGAGCUCACGGAUGAAACGUUCUCCUAAGCCACGCCGGAAGCACCAGGUCAACGGCUGUCCCGCUGAUGCAGAGAAGGACAGACUCAUCACCACAGACAGUGACGGCACAUACAAGCGGCCCCCGGGUGUGCACAACUCUGCCUACAUUGGAUGCCCAUCUGAUCCUGACCUCCCAGCUGAUGUCCAAACACCAUCCUCUACAGAGCUGGGCAGGUAUCCCGGCCUGCCCUUCUCAGCCUCUCAGUACAUCCCACCUCAGCCAUCUAUUGAGGAGGCUCGCCAGACCAUGCACUCCCUCCUGGACGACGCCUUCGCCCUUGUGGCUCCCAGCAGCCAGCCCUCCAGUGCCGUGGGAGCAGGUACUGGGGUGCCUGCCAGCCUGCCUGUGAAUAGCACCCCUUCCAGGGAAGAAAGGCGAGCCACACAGUGGGGGUCCUUCUACAGUCCAGCUCAGACGACCAGCAAUCCUUGCAGUAGAUACGAAGACUAUGGGAUGACUCCCCCAUCGGGCCCAUUGCCAAGCAGACCUAGCUUUGGCCCAGGGUUGCUGCCGUCUUCAGAGCUGGUCCCCCCUGAACCUUCGCAGCCACAGUCAUCAACUGAUGCUCCAUAUGCUGCCCGAGGGAUCUACUCAGAGGAGAUGCCAUCAGUGGCCCGGCCUCGGCCUGUUGGGGGCACCACAGGCUCCCAGAUCCAGCAUCUGACACAGGUGGGAAUUGCAAGCAGAAUUGGGGCCCAGCCAGUGGAAAUUCCUGCCGGCAGAGGCAGCCAGUACGGGGGACCAGGCUGGCCUGUAUACGGGGAGGAGGAGGCUGGGCGAAGAGAAGCCACCCACAUGCUCGGACAUCAAGAAUAUUCUUCUUCACCGCUGUUUCAGGUGCCAAGGACUUCGGGCAGGGAGCCCUCAGCCCCUCCUGGGAACCUUGCCCACCGAGGGCUUCAGGGCCCUGGGCUGGGUUACCCCACCAGCUCCACAGAGGACCUCCAGCCCGGCCACUCCUCUGCCUCCCUCAUCAAAGCGAUCCGAGAGGAGCUCCUGCGGCUCUCUCAGAAACAGGGCUCAGUACAAAACUUCCACAGCUGAUCAGCCUCCCAUGCAGGUUUGCCAAGUAUCUGCUUCCUGUGGAAGCAAGACCAAAAGGAAAUCAACUGAGUGGGUGUUUUUAAGAGUCGGAAGCAGCGUCUCCGGGCAAGCUGCCCGAGGAAGGGAACAAGUUGCAAUGCUAGAAGAUGCCAUAAAGUCACAUGGACAACUCACUGUUCUUUUACUGAGUUGGCAAUUUGAUGACCACUUUGGUUCAGUCAAAAUGUGUGUACUUUGGGCCAAAAGCCAGCACUUACACACACACACACACACACACACACACACACACCUAAGCUAACAAAAUGUAAGUUAGUCUCCUCUUUCAAAGGCAAAAGAUGAAACCCUACAAGUGGGUAGGGAUGCAGGGGCAGCAUUUCCCUGGGAAUCUGACUGGUACGCACAACACACCCACUACUCUGUUUCCUGAGAAGAGAGAUCUCAAGACAUUUUAGUAGCAGCUUGAGCCCUCUUUUCCUCUGUAGGAACUUAUGUUAAUAGUAAUAUUAACAACAAGACAUACUGAGACUGUUUGGUAAUCUAAAAAAGCUACUAGUGAGAACCUGAUGAUAGGUUGUGGAGCCUGGUGAUUUCAAACAAAGCCAUCGCCUGCGUUCUUUCUCCUUCUGGUGCUACAGCUCUGAGGGCCUUCACCUUUCUGUCUGAAAUACAACUGUGGCUUUUGCAGUAGAAGAAUAUGUUGGUGGUUUCAUUGUGUUCUGGGGUCUGGGGGGAAGAAAAAGAAAAAGCUGUACUUGGGAGGGGGAAGCAUCAUAUUUAUUUGGUUAUUCAAAAUACAUAUCAGAGUUUGGAUUUCCAGUCUUAGUUGUAUUUGCUGUUUAUUUGUUGGGCUCACCCAGCUCUUGGUGCCGCAACAGGGCAUCUCCGUGAGGUCCGUCCUCCAGAAUGAGGCUGUUGGGGUGUCCUUGUGCUUCACUGACAGUUUGCUCACAGAUAUGUUUGACUGUCUUAUGGAAGCAGACAUUAUUUUCAGUGAUUCUUAGGACCGCCUGAUUGUCAUGAAUCUGCCCAUGGUAGUCAGGUCUCCUGAGUUCCGAACUGGAAGUGGAACUAUGUUCCUGUCAGCCUCUGUAAUGAAUGAAGAAAUACAGGGUUUUGAAAUCAUGAAAGAAAUGAGAGUUUCCCCAUUUCUGAUUUUGCUAUUAUUUCUUUGUCUGAAGUCUGUCGUACUCACUUUGGACCAGAGAAAGGUUACCUCACAGUGCACUUCUGAUGUCACAUUUCUUGGCCUCCAACAUUUAUGACAUUCUGUAUCCUGGUGCCUGAAAGAAACUCUGGGAAAUUGCACACUAACAGGGAGUUGCACCAUGAACCUCUUCGUCAGAUGAAUGAAUACUUUUGAUUGAACAACAACUAAUGGGUUAGAGUUUGGGUGGGGGUGGGAGAGUGCUCAGCCUAAUCAAAACUGUGUGUCUACAAGUUUCAAGAAAAUGGAGACAGCUAGAACAAGCCCCCAGACUGCAAUCACGGGCUCCAGAAUUGUUUCUGCCCUUCUCAGUCAGUCUUGGGGCACAAGGACACCUGUUUCUGGAAACUGGUACAGCCAGUGUUUAUCUGCACACUCAGAUGAGAAGGCAUGCAGGAGGGGACCCACUGAUCUUUGUCAGGUAGCCUGCAGGCACUCUGGAGAGGAUGGAAGAGGAUACCCUUGUUCUGGGCUUAUUUAUUAAUCUUGAUUUAAUACGUUCUCUUCCCAAGCUAGAAGAUCCUCUUUCCAGGCCAAUCUAUAUCUCAAAUAUCCAGGCAGAGUUUUAGUAUGACAUUGUGUGAUAAAUUCAAGUCAACACACAGGAUAAAUGGCCCUUUCUCACCCCGUGUCAAGAAUAUUUUGGACAUAGAGCGUCCUAAAAAUGACCACCUCCUUUGUAUAAUGCCAAAAUGAGUCUCUGUGUCAGAGGAUGUGACAAAAACAGCAAUUUUAAUUUCUUUGAGAUUAUAAAGGGAUUCUACCUGUAUUUUUCUCUUAGAACAGAUACACCUUUAAAGGGUAUCCCAACCAAAGGUGGAGUGGAGUUUGGCAUGCAGACUCUGUGGGAGCUCUGAUGCUCAGCUGUUGGCUAUUUAAAGCACACUCAGUUUGCACUCAUUUCCCCUAAACAACUGGCACAGCAGGUUUACCAUGCUUAAACUCCUACAGGAUAUGCCAUAUCCAGCAGGCGUCCAGUCAGUCAUCCAUAAAAAAGGUCAUCCUCAACAUGUAUAAGUUAUUAAAGCACUCCAAAAUGAAAGCUAAGUUUAAUGUCUGUCCUUUUCUUCUAAUUUUAUAAGUUCUGUUGAGAAACACAAACUGCAAAUUUGAGUCAGAGUGCUCGGAAAAGUGGUUUUUUUUUUUUGUUUUUUUUUUUCAGUCUCCUUUGUUGCUAAUUCCUUGUGUCCAAUUCCUUCUGUAUGUCUUUUUUUUUUUUUUUUUUUUUUUUUGGUUUUUUGAGACAGGGUUUCUCUGCGUAGCCCUGGCUGUCCUGGAACUCACUCUGUAAACUAGGCUGGCCUUGAACUCAGAAAUCCACCUGCCUCUGCCUCCCAAGUGCUGGGAUUAAAGGCAUGUGCCACCACCACCCGCCCAGCUUUGUAUGUCAUUCUUGUUAUUAACAAGACCAUAUCCUCCCUGACCCGACACUUCAUAGGAUCUCUGCUUCUAAAAAUCAGGUGUGAUCCUACUUGAAAACAACCCUUGAGGAGGGAGCCUUGGUCACUGUGAACAUGUAAGAGGUUAUCUGUGUGGAUGUUCUGCCAUGGGUGAUGUGUGAUCUGGGUUCACCCAUAGGUAAUCAGAACAAAAUGGAAAAGCCCAGUGUAACUCCUCCUAACUGCUGUUUUGUUUCAAAUUUACCACUUCCUCUGUCAACUUCAAAGAUUGCCUGUGAAGCAUUAUUUUUGUUUUUUUGUUUUUUGGUUUUUUUUGCUCCGAACUUCCUGACACUAGAUAAGUCGGUAGACAUGAGUCCUCUCUUCCAAGAGAUUUUAGAAUCUAAGCUGGAUAGUAUAGACAGGUAUAAAAGACGGAAGCUGUAGAUAAGCAGGACGGCUUAGAUACCUCUAAAAUACAAAUGACACCAGUGUGUUGGGAUAUUUAGAAGUCAAAGGAGUUACAUGUUUGGGAUUGAUGAGACUUUAGGGGAGAAGCCAACUGCAGAAGCUACUUCGAUGUUACUCAAGCCAGUGAUGUGAUACAGCAGCAGAUAAGCCUCACAGUUGUCCUGGGAAAGGGUUAAGGAAUCGGGUACUCUGUCCAAGUGAACUCGAUUCUAAGAAGAAGUAGUAGUAUUAGGAGGAAGCCUGUCUAGUUAAUGAAGCUAGCAAAUGUCCAGGCUGGUGAAGAUCUGCCUAGAAAGAGCCCUGGUGUGGGGAAAGGGAGGUCAGAGAACCAGGAACUGCUGAUGUCUGCUCUAAAGUAAAGCAGUGGUGCUGAGCCGGGCCUUGCAGAGCUUAGCUUGUAGCAGAUCUUGGUCCUCUGUGGUCUUUAGCAGGUUAUGGAUAAGUUACAUCUGGCUUCAUUAUCUACACCUCCAUUUUUCCUCCAUUUUUAAAUUUCAUUUCAGAGUGUCUGUUGAUUUUGAUGGCACGUGACUUUUAAGCAGUAGGAUUUUGCCAAACAGAAUUUUUGAAGGCACGAGGCCAGUGACCCAAAGCACAGGUGCAAGUGUGCCUGGAAGGCUUCCGGCCAAAACCAGUAAUUCCCUGCUUUCUUGUAUACAGAGUGUUCACUGCUCUUUCAGAUCCUGGUGAGUGCUCCAGUGACCAAGCCAGGCCCCAGGACUCUAGUCUUUGUUGGCAGGACUUCACGAGUUAAUCAUUCCUUAGGCCUCCCAUGGCCCUUUCCUACUGGAUUCUUAGGUGGGAAUCAGACACUUAGAAAGAUGUUGGGUCAAGGUUCUGGGUGCGGGGCAGAGUGCCCCUGUCUUAAUUCACACUGAGUUUGCCACUAGCAGAGCCCUUGCCGUGUCAUUUCUACCUCCAAAGUAAGUCAUCAGAGCCUGCUUGUCCAUAUCUGGUCCAGGUGGGAGUACGAGGAAGUCUGCUUCUACACCCGUGCGCACAAACACGUCUGUGUGGGACAGUCCAUUGAGCUUCGUCAUUUAGUCCAGCCCAUUGCAGGCAUUCCUGGAACAGGUGAGAGGGUUUCUGUGGGCCUCUGUCGUUAGCAUUCUCAUGAAGUACAUAGGCUUACAUUCAUCACCUUGUAAACAAGAACGGUGCACAUUUCAGAUGGUUUAUUUUGUGGGGGAGGGGGCUGGAGGGGGUAGUGGUUGUGGGUGUUUAAGCUGGAUGGAAUUCUUUUGUCCGUGUUAAAAAGACUUGAAAACUGAACCGUCACGGUACAGCAUUAAUUCAUGCCUGUGUGUGUAACAGGACACUCGGCAAUUAUCUUAAGAACACACAGCAGCAUUGAAGUGUAGAAAGAGAAUAAAUAGUAAAUGCCUUUGGGAACAACAGUUAAGAGCAAGCCAGGAUGCAAGGGGAGCAGUGAAUGUCUGCAUCUGAUAUGCUCCUCCUACGUUGUUGUCCACAGGGUAGGCCACGAUCCAGGCUCCCUGCUUUGCCUCCUCCUCCUGGGUUUCCCUGUUCCAGGGCCACUUCGGGGUCCUUCAGAGCAUCACUGCUGUCUUUUCCCAUGCCCACCAGAUAUCAAGUGACUUGACUCCCAAAUGCGUCGUUACAGGGCUAAUUUAAAGCCAGACUUUAGAGUUCAGUCUUGGUGGUAAGGAAAGAAACAGGAGGUGCCAGAGGAACCAAGGUUUCUGGUCAUUAACUCAGUCAUGCCGAGCACCAAGGCGUUGGUUCUGAAACAGAGAAAGGCUCUGGGUUUUGCUCCCCUCUCUGCACAGCUCUCUGUGGAGAAGAGAGGAACAGAGGCAGGAGUAGGGUUAUCAGGGAAAAUUGCUCCGCCAGGCUGCUUGGGGAUGCCGACUUGUCUCCGACUCAGCCGAGGUCCCGUGUUCUGACUUUCUGCAUCCUCAUGCUAGAUGAUUCAUGUUACUAUAUGAAACCACAGAGCGGAUUGGGCCACCUGUGGCAUCAAGACUGCAACUUGACAAUCACAGUUUGCUGAUCUCAAACGGGCGCUUAAAGUUCGGUAUGGGUGUGUGAUUUAGCGAUUGAGCCCGCCCUUCUGUUUGUCAGUUACGUUUCUACCCUUCAAUUAGCUGCACUGUUUUCUAAUGUGCUAUAGAGUUUGGAAAUAAUUUAUGCAAGUGUUUGGUUCCCAUGUUUACAAUUUUUACAGCUUUCCUAGCAUUUUAAAAUGGAAAUGUCAAUAAAUGCUACGAAUUGGUGUUGAAGCGA